GGAGGAGCAGAUGGGGACCUCAGUGUACAAGUGCAAUUUUAGAAACGUGUCUUGUGGGCCUGCACAGCACUCAGGUGGAUAUCAGUAGAUUAUUGAAGAUGCGCGUCUGUCACUCAAAAGAGCAGCCUGAGGUGGUGAAAGAGAUUUUUGAGUUACCAAUCAUUGUAGCAGUGAUUGGGAUUGACCAGGAGCAGGGAUUCGAUUUAGAAAAGAAUGGAGCCAAGACAGAAGGAACCCACGGGGUCAGAGCAGACGGAAUUUGCAGAAACAAGACUCGCAAGGGCCCUGAGAAACAGUGGUGCAGGAACUCAGAAGCAGACUGGAGAGACAGCUGUCUUGAGAGGCCUGUCACAGGAGAAGCAGAGCAAGACCAGGGGAGAGACCGGCCAUCAUGCAGCCUUUGGGUCCAGCAGCAACAGGAGAGCGCUAACUCUGGGAGGACAACAUUGUUCCUGUAACAGUGUGUGAGGACUGACUCCAGGACAUUGCCUGACCUCUGAGCCUUCAGCAUGGGGAGGAUUGGCAUCUCCUGUCUUUUUCCUGCCUCUUGGCAUUUUAGCAUCUCUCCAGCGGGAUGUCCUCGGAUUCUGAAUACCAACAUACGCCAAAUCAUUGUUAUUAGCAUUCUGGCUGCUGCUGUUUCACUGUUAUACUUUUCUGUUGUCAUAAUCCGAAAUAAGUAUGGGCGGCUGUCCAGAGACAAGAAGUUUCAAAGGUACUUGGCUCGAGUUACUGACAUUGAAGCUACAGACACCAAUAACCCCAAUGUGAACUAUGGUAUCAUGGUGGACUGUGGUAGCAGUGGGUCUCGAAUAUUUGUUUAUUGCUGGCCAAGGCAUAAUGGCAAUCCUCAUGAUCUGUUGGAUAUCAGACAAAUGAGGGAUAAAAACCGAAAGCCAGUGGUUAUGAAAAUAAAACCCGGCAUUUCAGAAUUUGCGGCCUCUCCAGAGAAAGUCAGUGAUUACAUUUCUCCACUCUUGCACUUUGCUGCAGAGCAUGUACCGCGGGCAAAACACAAAGAGACUCCUCUCUACAUUCUCUGUACAGCUGGAAUGAGAAUCCUUCCCGAAAGCCAGCAGAAAGCCAUCUUGGAAGACCUUCUGACUGAUAUCCCUGUGCACUUUGACUUUCUGUUUUCUGACUCUCAUGCAGAAGUAAUUUCAGGGAAACAAGAAGGUGUAUAUGCUUGGAUUGGCAUUAAUUUUGUCCUUGGCCGCUUUGAGCAUAUUGAAGAUGAUGAUGAGGCAGUUGUGGAAGUUAACGUCCCCGGUAGUGAAAGCAGUGAAGCCAUUCUCCGUAAAAGAACAGCUGGUAUUCUCGACAUGGGAGGCGUGUCGACUCAGAUAGCAUACGAAGUCCCCAAAACUGUAAGCUUUGCCUCCUCACAGCAGGAAGAAGUAGCUAAGAACUUGUUAGCUGAAUUUAACCUGGGAUGUGAUGCUCACCAAACUGAGCAUGUGUACCGAGUCUACGUGGCCACGUUUCUUGGGUUUGGUGGCAAUGCUGCUCGACAGAGAUACGAAGACAGAAUAUUAGCCAGCACAGUUCAGAAGAACAGGCUCCUGGGGAAACAGACUGGUCUGACUCCCGAGACUCCGUACCUGGACCCCUGCUUACCCCUAGACAUUAAGGAUGAGAUCCAGCAAAACGGACAGACCAUGUUCCUGCGGGGAACGGGAGACUUUGACCUGUGUCGAAAGACUCUCCAGCCUGUCAUGAAUAAGACAAACGAGACUCAGACUUCCCUCAACGGCGUCUACCAGCCCCCAAUUCACUUCCAAAACAGUGAAUUCUACGGCUUCUCUGAAUUUUACUAUUGCACUGAGGAUGUGUUACGGAUGGGAGGGGACUACAAUGCCGCUGCGUUUACUAAAGCUGCGAAGGAUUAUUGUGCAACAAAGUGGUCGAUCUUGCGGGAACGCUUUGACCGAGGACUGUAUGCCUCUCACGCGGACCUCCACAGGCUAAAGUAUCAGUGCUUCAAGUCGGCCUGGAUGUUUGAGGUGUUUCACAGGGGCUUUUCGUUUCCUGUCAAUUACAAAAACUUAAAGACAGCCUUGCAAGUCUAUGACAAAGAAGUUCAGUGGACCCUCGGAGCAAUCCUUUACAGGACCCGCUUUUUACCUUUAAGAGAUAUCCAGCAGGAGACCUUCCGCGCCAGCCACGCCCACUGGAGGGGCUUCUCCUUUGUGUACAACCACUACCUGUUCUCCGGCUGCUUCCUGGUGGUCCUGCUCGCCAUCCUGCUCUACCUGCUGCGGCUGCGGCGCAUUCACAGGCGGACGCCCCGCAGCGGCUCCGCCGCCCCCCUCUGGCUGGAGGAAGGCCUCCCGGCCCAGAAGAUUGCUGGUACCUUAUGAGCGGAGUUGGGAGCUGGGGAAGACUUUCUGCAGAUACCUUAUGAGCGGAGUUGGGGGCUGGGGAAGACUUUCUACAGGAAAAGCCAUUUUUGCCUCAGGGUUUCUCCUCUUUAUUCGCAUUCAGCUUUGUUUUUCCUUUUCCUUUUUGUUCUUGAAAGAAAAACAGAAUCCAUUGUUUGUCAGAUCUGCUGUCCUAGAAGUACUGCAUUUAGCAGUUUUGAAUACAGCUUUAAAUUGAGGACUAGGGAAAAGGGAAAAUUGCUUCGUUUUUGCUGCAUAGGAUAUCUGCCAAAAAUUUCUAAGAAUGUUGGGGUUUUUUUGUUAAAUUUAAAAGCACUUUGGUAUUGGAGGGAAGUGGCAAAGGUGUUUUCUAUCCAUGGAGAUAGGAUUGGAGAGUGGUACUUUCACAGAACCGAACGCUUCCUGGUUGGAAUUACAUCCCUCUUUUUUCUGUAUCUGAAAGCUCUAGACUAACGAGGGUGAUGUUUAGUUUUUGUUAUAGUUCAGGUCUGUCGCUAUAUGUUUCCUUUGCAGUUUUAAAAAAUCAGAACUGUUUAUAUCCAAAAUAGAGAACCACAGACACCAGGAAAUAACUGUUUUUUAAAACUGAUAGUAAAGAGACCUGGAAAAUGUGAAAUAAUGUCUAGAGGGCUGUGUGUCUGUGUGUGUGUGUGUGUGUGUGAGAAAAAUGCUAGUGAAAGAGCGUGAGGGAGUGCAGUGGUCUUUUAAAAACACACACUUCAAAAUUUACUGUUUCAUUUCAUUGUAUUUAGAAAAAUCCCCAUUACUGUUAUCUUUGCCCAACCACAGGUAAUUAAUUACCUUCCUCAUCCCUUCUUUCAGUGGCCUGAGAACAGUAUUGGAAAAUUCAGGAAGUUUGAACUGGUUUUGAUGUUGCAAGAACUAGCUGAUAUCUACCCAGACACUUCAGUGUGUCUUAGGAGCACAUUUUUCUUGUUUAAUUAUGCUCCAGUUUUUUCCAACUUCAGGUUGGUAUUCCACCCAAUUAAAAAUUAUCUCGGUUUUAUUUCAGAAACCCCAUACUUAGGUCUCCUUUCCACUGUUAUAUUUGAGGCUGUGUUGUCAAUGCCACUGUAAAUCCAGAUUAAGAGAAGGGUCUGAAUUUAAGUAAGAAAUAAACUCCCAUCUUGAUGAAAGCAGGUGUAACAUUUUAAACAAGAACCUAAAAGGGAAACCAGAUUGGCAUUUGUGAGAUUGAUUGUUUUUUCCCUAUUCAUUUAGUUUAGAAGCCUUGGGAAUUCCCAUACGUCAUUUCUGUAGGUGAAGCUCUUCUCCUGAGUGUGUGUGUACUGCUUUCAGGUGGUUAAAGGUAAACUUAAUUCCACAACAGGUGAAUUUGUGUAGUUGGUAGCAGACAUAUAUUCUGAGAACCAUUGGCUGCUUUUUCAAAGUCAUGGAUUAGAGAAAGAAUUCAGAUUUUGAAGCCCUUAUUUAACUUAGAAAGAAAGGCAGAUUUUUAUCUAGUUUAUUAAUUACAUAAAAACAUGGUAUACUGUAUGGUGAUGACUUGAAAGAUUACAAAAUUAUUAAAGAAUUCUCUUAAUUCUGCUUCUCAGAGUAAAUAUUCCAACAAUGAAAAGAUUAUUGGUAGAAUUUUGCCUCUCACAUAUCCAGAAUAUUGGAGGACCAGCCCCUGUUACAGCUUCUAAUGUGUAGAGCCCUGUUUCAGGGAGGAUUUAGGCAAAUGUCCCCAUGAAAGACACAGCUUUGGAAGUGUGGGUCCUUAGCUAUUUAAACGUUGGUCCCUAGUAAAAACUGCUCCUUUUUAAGACCCAGGCACAAAUGAGCAUGUCAUAGACCCCCCAGGGCAGAGUGAGCGGUGUGCUUGCUGAGUUCUGAGAUGGGGUUGCCCAGUAGGCUGGAUGGCGUCAGUGUUGAAGAGAAAGUAAGUUUGCACUUCAGUCUUUCUACCUCCAGCUGUUUGGAGUAGUCAGGCCCCAACAUGAUCUGAAAAUGUUCACAUGCCUAGAGUACGUGAUUUUGCCUUUAAAGUCAAGACAAGGAUAAGCCAGCAUAGACACAGAUUUAAAAUAGGCCUUAAUUAAGACUUCCUACCAUAAACACCCACUUUUCAAAUAAAGGAUGCCUAUUUGGUCCAGGUUUGUACCGUUCAAAGAGCAGAAUGGAGACAGAGGAGUUCUGUUUACGGCUAAGGAUUCUCUGCAAGGACCUUCCUUACUCUCAGAAAAAAACCAAAUUAGGGUUCCAAGGCCCCAACAACCUUAUACUUUGUAGAGUUAAGCACCCAUGCUCUCCUGACAAAGAAUUCCCUAGAGCUGGGCUUGGCAAACUAUUGUCCACAGGGAAAAUCUAGAAGACCCUUGAGAAUGGUUUUUCAAUUUUUAAGUGUUGUUAAGGGAACAAAGUGAAGAAUGUGCUGCAGAGACAAUACAGGGCUGAUAGUGCCUAAAAGAUAUGCUAAGUGCCCCUUUACUGAAGAUGUUUGCUGACCCCUGGGUGAGCAGGCCCACUCUGGAAAGGACAUAUGGUAGCAUCUCCUUACCUCAGGAAGGCAGUUACCAUUCAUGGGCACAAAACGAUGGGCAAGAGCCAUGCCCCCACUUCAGCCUCAGAAUACUUGUUUUAUGAACCACAAGUUCACUUUAUUAUCUUCUCCUCUUAUUUUCAAGAUCAAUUUUUUAAUAAAUCAGAAGACAUUUCCCCAGACCCCCGCCAAUUUAAAGUAUUAGGAGGGCUCCCUACUGUGUUGAGACAACUGGUCCAGAGGAGGCCUCCCAGGCGACCUCGGCGCCCCACCGCAGGGGUGGAGCCGGUGCCUCUCCAGGCCUGCGGGGCCCCCAGGUGAGAGGCGAGCGGGAAGGAGCUUCAGUCAGGAGAGGAGGAACUAGUAGCUGUUGAGGGCUGACCAGGAGGGCAGUCGACUCCGAAUACUCUACCAGAAAGCAAAGGAAAUUGGACUGGUGGGGACUUGUUAGAAUCCUGUCGGGGAAACCAUUUUCUGUUAAAUCCUGGUGGGAGCACGCCCACCGUCCCUGCUUUUGGUCAUCGCCAGACAUGUGCUUCUCCUUCUUCAUGCUCCAGAGGACGUUCUCAAAGAUACGCUCCAUGCAAGGACCUCACAGGACAAGUGCAAGCAUACUGAUACGUACCAGUGGUUUUUGCACAUUUUCACCCUAAACUGCAGCCUCAGGCAGCAUUCCCUAACCUUGGGUUAAUUGAAGGGGCUGUUUGUGUCGGCCUGGCCACCUGAAGGCUUGUUCCCCACCCAUGGUCCACACCUGUGCACGCUGGUUGGCAAGCUCCAAAUUAGCAGAUAAUUCGGUUUUAAACUCAGGCCUAGAUAGAAUAGUUUCCCUUAAAAGAAGCAUGAAUCAUUUAACCAGAAGGUCAAAAAAGCAAAUAUGUUUUCCAAGCUUUUAAGGAAAAUCAGCUUUAAAAUUUUGUGUGGUAAUGUGCAAUGCAGCAAAACUUCCUAUAGUAAAUUAUUUAGUUAUUUAUUUCUAUUGCAGUGUUUUGGGUGUUUUUCCCAUUGAUUUGCCCUUUCAGUAAUGAAUGAUGUGACCAACCAAGGAGAAUCUCUGUCCUGUUACUAUUUCACAGUUAGGAAUUACAAACAUAAAGGGAGCUCUUAAAUGUUUUUUAUUUAAAUGAUGUUUUCCAUGCAUCGUGAGAAUAACUAUCUUUAGGGCAUUGUUGUGGUGUCAUCUCACUUUCUGUAUUUGGCAACCUCAUGUUGCCACACUUGCACCCAAGUGGGUGUUUGGAAUCAAUAAAAGUUCAUUUGGUGGCCCAUAGA